AUGAGGAUUGGUGUGAGUGGGAGCCGCUGCCUGCAGCGAAGGGCAGCCCUGCCCCACGUCCCGGCUGCAGAGGAGGCGGCAGCUAAAGCGGCCCCGCUGGAGGAGGAGGACUGGCUGAUCGCUGCCUUGGCUCGCAAGAAAGCCCAAGCGCAGGCCAAGGCCCAGGAGAGGAAUGCCAAGGCCUCGGAGGCCCCAGGGGAAAGGCUGCAUCCCCGUCCUGCUGUCAGUCAUCCAGCCGCCUCCACAGGAGCCCCACAGCAGGCAGCUGCCCUGCAGGACACAGCCAGUGCAGACAGCUCUGGGCAGCCGGUGCCCUGGCUCAGCACCACGAAAGGAGCCUCAACUCAGGUGUCGGAGGCUGAGAAGGAGGAUCCCUCCGGAGACACCAGCGCCCUGGCCUCUACAGCCUUAUUGCCAGGAGAGCAGGAGGUGCAGGGCCCUGUCCCACUUGCUCAGGUUCCCACGCCCAGGACACGUCUCCAGGCUGCCCCACAGCUGCAGGCAGAGUCCUCAGGCCUGGGCUUGCUGCAUGAGAGGAGGCCGGGGCAUGGCACUGCCCAGCUCUGUGAGGAUGCAUCAGGCUGCCGGGCAGCUCUGGUCAGCGCCCAGGCCCGUGUGGCAGAGCUGGAGAGCCAGGUCCAGAUGCUGGAGGUGGAGCGGACGCAGCAGAGGCUGUUGCUGGAGAGUCUCCAGCAGCAGCACCAGAAGAACCUGGAUCUUCUCGAGAGCCCCUACAGGCGGCAAAUGAAGGUGUUGGAGGAGAGCCACGGGCGGCAGGAGGAGAGGCUGCGGCAGGAGCUGGAGCAGCUGAGGGCUCAGCUGCUGUCGCAGAGCCAGGACGCGGAGCAGGCGCAGGCAGAGCUGCGGGCACAGCACCAGCAGCAGCUGGCAGCACUGGAGCAGCAGCACACGCUGGAGGUGAAGCGGCUGCAAGAGCUGCAGAGGACGUCCAUCCAGGAGCUGCGCCAGGACUACGACGAGCAGCUGCGGCGGCUGCGGCGGCUGAAGGAUCAGGAGGUGGAUGCGGUGACCAGUGCCACGUCACACACCAGGUCUCUGAACGGCGUCAUCGAGUGGAUGGAGAAGUUCUCCAGUGAUCUGCACGAGCUCUGGCACAAGGUGGAGGCCAAGCACCACAGCACCUCCCAGGAGCUGGCCACGUGGGCACAGCAGCUCAGGGUGCUCCAAGACAGGAUGUUGCAGCAGCAGAAGGACAUGGAGGAGGAACAGAGACGACACCAGGACGUGAUUGCUAAAGUGGAGGCCAGGCUGAGCGAGCAGUGUCAGCAGCUGGAGCAGGAGCGCUGCAGGGUGCUGGCGGAGCAGUGCCAAGUGGGAUCUCUGCAGCGCUCGCUGGAGGAGCGGCAGCAAGUCCUGAGCCAGCAGCUCUCCAAGGAGCGAGCAGAGCUGGAGAGGGCCAAGAGCACUUUUCUGGCGGAGCAGCAGUUGGUGGUGCAGAAGUGCUCAGAGGAGUACCAGAAGCUGGCGACUGAGUGGGCUGAACUUCGUGCCCAGCAGCAGCAGAGCAGGGAGCUGGCAGAGCUGAAAGCCAAGGAGGAGCAGCUGGAGAAGGCCAGAGAGCUGCAGGAUAAGGCCUGGCAGAAGCUGAGGCUGGAGAAGGAGAGGGUGAAGGUGGCUGCGCAGCGCGUCCGGCAGCAGGAAGAGAAGGUGCAGAGCAGGGCCAAGCUCUCAUCCCAGAAGGACAAGAGGGGGCAGCGAGUGCUGCAGAAGGCUUGCAGGGGGGAGUGUGAGCACCCAAGGAGGCUGCAGGCCAUGCAGCAGCGCUUGAAGCAGCUGAGGCAGCAGGAACAGCACCUGCAGGAGGAGUGGCUGAGCACGGCUCUGAAGAGGAGGCAGCUAGAAGAGCGAUGUGAGGAGCUGCCCAACAACCCCAUGAUGCUGCUGACUGCAGACCAGGACCUCGGUGCUCCUGUGAACGGCCUCUCCAGCACACUGUUUCCCCUGACAACAGCGGCACCACAGAGCUGGGGUCUUGUUGCAGAGCCUCCAGCUCCUGUCAGGGUGCUCCCUCAGCACAGCCCUGGGGCUGGCAGGGACACCCUGGCCACAGCCAGCGGCACCGAGCUCAUUGACGCCACGCUGCUGCUGCUGAAGUUCAGGGCCCAGCAGGACCAUGAUUUCUUAGAGAAUGAGGAGUUCUACCUGGAGAGUCUGACAAAAUCAUCCUAUCACACGUCAGCUCGGUCACGAGGAUGGUGGUCAGCACAUCUCACACCAGCAAAACUGCAGCCACGUCUCCACCAACUGGUGACAAAGAAACCCAAGCUUUCUUAG